AUGUGGGGAUGGAUAAAAGGCAACGAGAAAUGGCACGCAUGGAAUAAGUGCAAAGGCAAGUGGGUUCAUUUAGGUAUGACCAAGAGUGAAGCUGUACAGGCUUACAUUGACGGAGUUCGCUCGUUGGAGAAACGCCUUCCAGAUCUGGUAGAAGACUGGAAAGAUGAUCAAGACCCACGAAUCCCGGAUAGAAAUCGCUAUGUACCUGAGGACGAACGAGAGGAGAUCGACCGUAUCACUCGGGAGGGGAAAUUGGCCAGACGUGCGAGAGAUGCAGAGCAACGAGCAAAAGAGGAAGCUUUAGGAUGGUGGGACGAAUAG